UCCUUCCCCUCCCCUCUGCCCUCCCUUCCCCUCUGCCAGCCACACCUGGGAGAGCUUAAAGCUUGGCCUGAGGCAGGCCGGAUCCCACAGCUUCCUUCAGGCACAACCACCAUGACGCCCAGGAGAGGCAGCUGCCCCCUCCUCCUCUUCUCCCUGGUGGGCCUCCUCGUGACCUGUGCUCAGGAGCCUGACACGGCUAGACAGAACACCACAGCGGCUGCAGAGAAAGCUGGCAUCUGUCCCCAGGCAGAGUUGGAGACGCCCAAUGGGAACUGCACGGAGGAGUGCCAGUCGGAUGCCAGUUGCAAGGGGAACCAGAAGUGCUGCCCGACAGGAUGUGGGACUUCCUGCCAGAUCCCAGACGGGAAACCCGGGUCCUGCCCAAAUGUAGACAUGCCCAUCCCACCUCUGGGUGUCUGCAGAGACAUGUGUAAAACGGAUUCGAGCUGUGCAGAUAAAAUGAAGUGCUGCAAAAAUGGAUGUGGGUUUAUGACUUGCUCAAACCCCGUGCUCUGAGAUACAGCUCAGACUGGGGAACCCGAUGCAUCCGCAGGACGGGACUCUGAAUAAAUGACCGUGAGACUCUUGACCUCCUUCCCACCCAGGCUUAGCCAACCCUCUAUGCUGGAGGACCUCCAUCCCUUGUUCCUUUUUCAGUAAACCUCUCGUUUCACACAGCA